UUACCCUUAUAUUUGCCUCUGCCGACUUCCUCUUCUUUUCCAGCUAUCCUCAGCCGCUGCUUCUGCCGACCGACACUCUGCAACAGUCAGGUUGUCAUUGGGAUUAUUUUUCUUCAUAAUGGGUGCUAAAAAGGAGAAUAACGAUGAUGAGAUGGACGAAAAAGUGAAGAAGUAUCUUAGAGGAGAAGCUGCAAAUUUGGAGGGAUUAAAGGACAAGAAACUAAAGGGCCAGCUUGCUGUAAGAGAAGAUUUGUAUGGAAAAUCUGCGAAAACUGCUGCCAAGAUUGAGAAAUGGCUUUUGCCAAGUGAGGGUGGUUAUUUGGAGGCAGAGGGUAUUGAGAAGACAUGGAGGAUCAAGCAAGAAUCCAUUGCUCGUGAGAUUGACAUCUCAAGCUCAAAGAACCAGUAUGAUAUUGUUUUACCAGAACUUGGUCCUUACACUCUAGAUUUCACCUCAAAUGGUCGGUAUAUGGCAGCCGCUGGACGUAAGGGCCAUCUGGCUAUUGUUGAUAUGAAGACAUUAAACCUAAUUAAGGAGAUUCAGGUUAAAGAAACAGUACGGGAUGUAGUGUACUUGCAUAAUGAACUCUUUUUUGCUGUUGCUCAGAAAAAGUACCCUUAUAUUUAUAAUCGUGAUGGAACUGAGCUCCAUUGUUUAAAGGAACACGGUGCAGUACUAAGACUCCAGUUUCUGAAAAACCACUUCCUCUUGGCAUCAAUAAACAAAUUUGGGCAGCUUCAUUAUCAGGAUGUUACAAUGGGUGAGAUGGUAGGCAAUUUCCGGACUGGUUUAGGCCGCACUGAUGUUAUGCAGGUCAAUCCAUUUAAUGGAGUUGUUGCAUUGGGUCAUUCUAGUGGUACAGUAACCAUGUGGAAGCCUACCAGUUCUGUCCCACUUGUAAAGAUGCUAUGCCAUCCUGGACCUGUCUCGUCAUUGGCAUUCCAUCCAAAUGGCCAUCUCAUGGCUACAUCCGGGAAAGAAAAUAAAAUCAAGAUUUGGGACUUGAGGAAGUUUGAGGUUAUUCAAACAAUGCCAGGUCACGCAAAGACCUUGAAUUUCAGUCAGAAAGGCUUGCUUGCUGCCGGAACUGGAUCAUUUAUAAAAGUUUUAGCUGAUUUUUCUGGAUCUCAGAAUUAUAAUAGUUAUAUGACUCAUUCUAUGGCUAAAGGUUACCAGGUAGGGAAAGUUUUGUUUCGACCGUAUGAAGAUGUUUUGGGGAUAGGACACUCCAUGGGUUGGUCUAGUAUUCUUAUUCCAGGAUCUGGGGAACCCAACUUUGAUUCUUGGGUGGCAAACCCAUUCGAAACAUCUAAACAGAGGCGAGAGAAGGAAGUGCACUCUCUGCUUGACAAGCUUCCACCCGAAACAAUAAUGUUGGACCCAACCAAGGUUGGUACAGUGAGAGCACCACAAAAGAAAGAGAAGCCAACAAAGAAGGAGAUAGAAGCUGAAAUGGAAGCUGCCAUUGAAACUGCAAAGAAUACCGACUUUAAAAAGAAAACAAAGGGAAGGAACAAGCCGAGUAAGAGAGCAAAGAAGAGACAAGAGAUGAUUGAAAGAGCCAAGAAACCGCUCUUGGAACAACAAAUACAGGAACAUGAAACGUCUAGAAAGAAGCAGAAAACCAAUCCGGAAAUUGAAAUGCCGAAAAGUUUACAGCGGUUUGUUCGUCAGAAAGCACCUUAAUUAUCUUUGAUACGAUUGCAUUAGCCAUUCUAGAAGAUCAACCUGUUUUCGUCUUUCCCACAAUUUUGUGCUCAUCUGACCUAAAGAUGCAUUGGAGCCAGGUAGAGGUAGGCACCAUUGAAGUGUAUUCUCACUGUUCUAUACAUACAGAAAAGGAAGCUAGAAUUUGCUUAAUUUUGUUGUGUUUUAGCAUGGAACUUGUAUUUUGUAGAAUGAAUGCCAGAAAACUGGUUUUUAAAUCUCGUGUUGAGAAUUGGCUUAGGGUAUUUGUUCUUACUUUUUUCAUGGUAUUUUGAGUUGAGAUUGUAUUUAUAUCAUUCUUGCUGUGGAUUUGAGUUAUGUUUCAGUAUUAUAGUUUGAAAUAGAGUUUGGGUGGUUCAAUAUUAAA